AGUUGCAGUCUGAAAUGCAGCAAAACUCACUACUCUCUGUCAGAGCCGAACCACAAUUCAGUCUAGACAAUGGUUGGAAAGGUGUUUCCAAUUGCCAUUUUCAUUCUGAUAUUGGUUGCAGUGAGUGUCUUAGGAAAGCAAGACAGAAAUGCUAGGAGAAUUGUGCUUAUCAAGCCGGCAAGAAAGGCAACAAGGCGAUUCUACAUCAUCAAGUGCUGCGGCAAUUACACCUGCUCGGGCCGAAGGACUACAGGGUCAGGAUCAAAAAUCACAAAUUUAAAACCUACAAAUGUGCAGCCGACGACGAAGCAAAAACUUGACGCAAUCACGUCAGACGGCUCAGCGGACGGACCUGGAGCUAAUGAGGGUGGAACUGAAAAUCAGCAGGAGGGCACAGAUCCAUCAGGGCAGGAAAUUGCUACAGAAUCACCGAAUUUAAAUCAAAAGGACGAACCAAGUGCGUCAGUCUCCGAAAUUUCCAACAACCCUGAACCUGAUUCAUCAACCAACAAUAUUGUGGAAGGAACUGACGCCUCCUCAAUCGCAUCUGUAACCUCUAGCGGGAGCCCAUCAGACACUGGCCUAAACAACCCUUCAGGAAAUGACCCUAGCAAUCCUUCAGGAAACGACCUUAGCAACCCUUCAGGAAACAACCUUAGCAACCCUUCAGGAAACAACCUAAGCAACCCUUCAGGAAACAACCUAAGCAAUCCUUCAGGAAACGACCUUAGCAGCCCCUCAACAACAAAUCCAAGCAACCCCUCAUCAACAACGGAUGGAGGAGCAAAUUUAGUUUAUUCCACGACCUCAAAUCAGUUGAAUGUGGACAGCCAAGAUUAUGUACCAAAUGCAUCCUAUACUGGAUCGAUUAAUGAAGUGGAAACGCAAGGACCAACUACAAUAAAACCGUCUACCACGAAGCCGCCAGUAGAGCAAUUAAAAGGAGCAUUCGAGGCAUCCUAUUCAUUUACCUGCGUCAAAAAUCAAUCACUAUUUGAUGCUGAUGGAAGCCUCAAAAAUUCCAGGGAGUAUGGAUCGUGGGAAGUUGCCUGCGGGGAACAAUAUAUCUUUGGAAACCAACUUGCAAACUUUAAGGAAAAUUUCGACCUCUGCUGCAGCAUCGGAAUGCUGCCUAUAAUGAUAGAUAAUGCUUGGAAACACAGCUGCCUCAUGGAUUUCAUAGACGGUCCCAACUGGAAGUACAAUGUGGUGUACUGGUCGACAGGAAAAAGGGCAAGCCCAACCAGUUUCGUGUGGUACGACAAGCGAGCCACGUUCAGCAGUAAUUACUGGCAGACAGGACAGCCAAGCAACACCAACGGAAACGAAAACUGCGUCAUGAUCACUAUAUUCCCGUUCAACGAGAUGACUUUGCAACUCAAUGAUCGGGCAUGUGAUUCUUUAACACCGUUUUCAUGUGUUGGUCCAACCACGCCGAAACCCAAGUGCGCUUUCCCGCAGUGCCCAACAUCAAAUUGCACUCUAAAUCCUGCUUUCCACACUGUUCUUUCAGACGGUGUGACGUCUUAUUUGACUGCUCCAAAUAAUCAUGGUUCCUGGACGAUAAUUGAUUAUCGGACGUUUAUGAUUAGCAAGCCAAGCGACACGAAAACGUUAGAAGAAGCAUUCGCUGCGUGUUGCGCGUUGGAUUUCAAGCUACUCAGCUUGGAGCAGGGCUACAAAUACAGUUUUCUAGCUAGGGCUUUCAAAAACCUAUCCAUCACAUCUGGAAAAUUUUGGACGUCGGGAUCGGAUGGUGGUUGCGAGGGAAAAUACGGGUUUUGCUCGACCAGGAGAUUUGCCAAUUCGAAUGAGACUUUUUGGAUGAAAAAUGAACCUGAUGAUGCAGGUUCCGGCAACCAAAACUGUCUGGCGGUCAAUGCCGUCAAUAACCAAGCUCUGCUUAGCGACGAACCCUGCAGCGCAAAGCUUAGAUACAUUUGCGAGGGAAGAAGCACCGAUAAGCAGAAAGCACACGAGCUGGAAUGUAUGGCGGCUUAUGGGGUUACAGCUGCUGAGCUUGCAACGCUGUGGACGAACACCAAUCCCAGUCCCCGUCUACAGUGCUUUAUGAAAUGCUACGGCGAACACACAGAUUUGUUUAUUGAUGGUUGGAUCAAUGAGCCUCGAGUGUACUCCCAUGUUUGGGCCAUUUCUCGGAAGAGCGCGACGACAUUGGAGCAAAACUACGCCACAAUGGACACGUGCACGAAGCAGAGCAAACCCCUCCCUGAAUUGUGCAGCAGGGCUUCCGGAAUGCUCGAUUGUGGACUGCAGAAAUCACCGACGGAAACUAUGAAGCUGGUGGAUAUGAUGGAGCCAACGAUUAUAGUAUUACGUCUACAUAUUCAUCAAAAUUUUAAAAUAAUUUUCUUUCAGGAGCGUAAAUCUUGGCUCGUGCCAACAACCACUUCUCUCUGUCCAAACACUUUCCGAUGCGUCAUUAAUCCCGAUUGGAGAGAUGACAUCUAUGCUGCCGCAAGUGGCUCUACAUUUUCAUCCAACGGAAUAACGGGAACUGUCACCGUGGCUUGCGGGAAGAGAUUUUUCGUCGGAAAUUGGUUUGAUUGGGUUCCGAUUCACGAACUUAUGUCUGCUUGUUGCUCGCUGGGAAUGCGCCUACUAACAAUUGACUCACAAUGGAAAGCUAACUGCGUGUUUACAAAUAAUCUGCAAAAGGGGUUGGCUAACAACAGGGGCUUCACUACAGCAGCUGUCAGACAACCAUCUUUCGCCACCAAAAAUUGCUUUUCCGAUCAACCGUUUAGUUAUCGCAGCUGGAUGGAUUUCGACGCUACUCUGAUCAACACCGUUCCCUCUUUUGCUUUGGUCAAUUUUGCAAACCGCAUGGGUUACUACUACAAAGGGGAUGCGAGAAAUCUUGCAUGCGAAUCUCUUUGAUUCAAUUUGAUCUGAAAUAAAGCUAUUGGUAAAUUGGCUUAUUC